UCUUCUUUAGAAGAACACAGAGUCUUCGCUUCGAAUCCACUCCAUCUUCAUCUUCUUCUUACCUCUGAAAAUCAAAACAGCAGCAACAAAUCCACCUGACCGUGAUUGAUCAACCGAAACCACAAACACUUCAACAACAUCUCCCCCACCAUCAGCCAUUUCCGCCAAGCCCAUCCUCCCCCCAUGCCGGAGCUCCCUCUCGCGCUUCGCAUCGGGCGUUUGAAUUGAGUUGCCGGCGCGGCGAUCGACCGGAUUCCCGCUCCUCCGUCACUAGCCAUGGUGGAAACCCUAGGCCUCGCCAGAUUCGGCCACCACAGGCUCGAUCUCCGGCGCUGGAUACCGGCCUUCGUGUCCUCCCACAAGACGCUCCUCUCCGUGGUGUGGAUCGCCGCCCUCGCGUCCGUGCUCCUCUGGCAGAGCAGCGCCGUCGGCCCCGGGGGGCUCUCGAUACUCCGGUGGCGGUCGCCGGGUGGUGGGGAGGAGGCGGCGGGGGGGCGGGGGGCGGCGGUGCCGAGGCUCCGGCCGGCGGCGUUCAACCUGACGGACUUCGGUGGGGUGGGGGACGGGGUGACGGUGAACACGGCGGCGUUCGAGAGGGCGGUCGCGGCGAUCGCGAAGCUGGGGAAGAGAGGCGGCGGCCAGCUCAAUGUGCCUGCUGGACAGUGGCUGACGGCGCCGUUUAAUCUGACGAGCCACAUGACGUUGUUCCUCGCUGAAGGAGCGGUUAUACUCGGCAUUGAGGAUCAGAAGUACUGGCCAUUGAUGCCUCCACUGCCUUCUUACGGUUAUGGUAGAGAGCAUCCUGGACCUCGAUAUGGAAGUUUGAUUCAUGGUCAAAACCUCAAGGAUAUUGUUAUAACAGGACAUAAUGGCACCAUAAAUGGACAGGGCCAAUCAUGGUGGAAGAAGUACCGCCAAAAGCUUCUUAACCACACUAGGGGCCCACUAGUUCAGAUCAUGUGGUCAAGUGACAUAGUUAUCUAUAAUAUUACUUUGCGGGAUUCUCCUUUUUGGACACUUCAUCCAUAUGAUUGCAAAAAUGUGACGAUUAAGAAUGUCACUAUAUUGGCUCCCAUAUUUGAGGCCCCAAACACCGAUGGAAUAGAUCCUGAUUCAUGCGAGGAUAUGGUAAUUGAGGAUUGUUAUAUAAGUGUUGGAGACGACGCGAUUGCAAUAAAGAGUGGAUGGGAUCAGUAUGGAAUUGCUUACAGACGACCAUCGAAAAACAUACUCAUCCGAAACCUUGUUGUCCGCUCUAUGGUCAGCGCGGGCGUAUCCAUAGGCAGUGAGAUGUCUGGUGGAGUAUCAAAUGUCACCGUGGAAAACCUCCUCGUGUGGGAUUCCAGGCGUGCGGUCCGGAUCAAGACUGCACCGGGAAGGGGCGGUUAUGUUCGACAUAUAACUUACAGAAAUGUUACAUUUGACAAUGUGCGGGUUGGAAUCGUUAUCAAGACAGACUACAAUGAGCACCCUGAUGAAGGCUAUGACCGAAAGGCCUUCCCCACUCUUCAGCACAUAAGCUUCAUCGGGGUCCAUGGCCAAGGAGUUCGUGUGCCAGUUCGCAUCCAGGGAAGUGAAGAAAUCCCGGUCAGAAACGUGACUUUCCGGGACAUGUCUGUCGGGCUGACGUAUAAGAAGAAGCACAUAUUUCAGUGUGCAUUUGUCCAAGGUCGUGUAAUUGGAACAAUCUUCCCUGCCCCUUGCGAAAAUCUCGACCUUUACAAUGAGCAAGAGAAGCUCGUUAAGCACUCAGCCUCGCAGAACAUCACAGACAUCGAUUACGAUAUUUAAGGUGAUUUCUGUUUCUCGGCACCAGGUUUUCCAUCUCUCAGAGGUCUGUGAGUUUCAUUACACGAUCCAAAUGUCUCGUUUCUUUCGGCCAGAGAUACAAGUAUCCUGUUGGGAAGGGUGGGAGUCAUGAUACUUGUCAUCUUCCAUUUUUCUUCAUUUCUUACCCCUUUGGCCCGUCGUUUUUCCAACUUUUAUGCUCGACGGGGUUGUACUUGUACAUAUGGAAAGUAGCUUUUAGGUCACUGGAAGUCGAAAUCGAACCAUGGUUUAUGUUAAUUCUCCAGUUUUCUUUCCUGUCCGAAGCUUUGUCCGAUGUUUUAUCUCACAUCUGAGGAACUGUAUACAUGUAACUCAGUUUUGCC